AUGCCAGGGCCAGGCAAGGCUCCCCCUGCUAGCAAAGCCUCGAGAUUAGCUGCUUCGAGGGCAAAGACUCCUGAUCCCGAUGCCGCCGAGAUAGAGUUGAAGACACAGGGGUUUUUUGGGACAGAAGCCUCGAAGGCUGAGACUGUCCAUCGCGAUGCAGCCGCCUCUAAGGUGAAGACUCCGCGGAUUGUUUGUGCAGACGCCAGGAAGGCGACAACUGCCCCUCCUGAUGCAGCCGCCUCAGAGGCGAUGACUCCAGGACAGACGUCCACUACUAGUGGGGCGUCUCAUCAGCUUCGCUCUCCACUGGGUCAAUUAGACCCGAACAUGAUAUCGCGGACGAAGCGUCCAUUGGGCUCUUUGGAUGACCCAGUUGCUAAGCCGGAGUCAAAGCGUUCGCGGCUGACUCCGGGUUUGCCUCGGUCACCAUCCACGACUGGUCGAUACCAGGAUGAUCUGAGGGCUACACUGACGCAGGCGCUUGAGCAUGAUGACGGUGACGAUUGGUCCGACUGUUCGGACUUUGGCGACCUCGAGGAAAUCAUUGAGGGUGAUCAAGACGAGGGUGCUGGAGACGGCUCACCAGCCGCAGGGUUUGAAACUGAAGCAGUCAUCCUUUCCGUUCCCAAGGACGAUAGUUUCGGCGAUAUAUCAAAUGGAUUUGCUGGUGAAGCCGAUGGAACCACGGCGGUGUCCCAGGAGACUUUUAUAGAUGCUGUAAAUGCACUUUGUAGAAGCUUCCCUCGCGAGGAGGCCGAAAUUCGUGAGUUCUUUGAUCGAGAUAUCGACGAAGACGAUUUGAUGCCAGCAGUUCUCCAUUCCGAGCGCCACGAGGCGUUCAGGAUGGAGGAAGUUGCUGUAAGCAGAAUGCCUGAGGAGGAUAUUCCUCGACCAUCAGGAGAUCCCUCGCUUGCGCGGAUAGGGUGGCAGCUGAACCAUCCUACGGAGCUAUGCAGCGAGAAACCUGGCGAGACUCUCGAUGAUAAGAGUCCUACGACCCGGCUGAUGAUGAAGAAGGGAGUUGAUAGAAUCUCUUCGUUCACCUAUGACACGAUCAACCGGCGAGCAAGAAUCCGCCGAGUGAAGCAGGGCAGUAACUUCGCCGCACAAGGGAGACUGAGCCAAAGUUCUGGACAAAGGCACAUCAGCAGGUCCAUUACGAUUACGUGA